CAGAAAAGUCUCUGAGACUCGGCGUCUUACAGAACGUGUUUGUUGCAUCCCUUCGACCCUGGUCAUGCUUCCUUGCUUAUUUUUUUUUUUUUCGCAAUUCUAGCUUAACUCACGACACCUAAUUACGAGCUCUUGCAAAACUACAUUGAUUCAAUAUGGCGACCACUGCAACAGCUCCUUCCGCAGUGACCAAUGGCGCUUCUUCUAACGCUACUUCUAACGCUGCCGGAGGAAGACCACAGUUGAAGGGUAGCAUCACUGGGGGCUCUGGCGGCGGUGGAAAUUCGAACAGACGACCUACUCAAUCACCCAUUGAUGGUGCCCAGAGGCGAAAUUCUUCUCACAAGCCCUGGCAAACAAACAACCAACAGCAGAAGUACAACGGAGCUGGAAACCCAGCUUCUGCAUCACCCACACCUAGCCAGUCCGCAGCAAUGAAAAGCAGGGGCGCCAACGCCUCUUCCGGCGGGGAGUCUGAUACUCAUGAUAAGCAUAUGCACGAUAGAACCCUCUAUCUGCUCAUGAAUCUUGUGGGGAGACAAGUGACAAUCACUCUAAGAAACGGCGCACGCUUUGCGGGCAUCUUAACUGGUGCAGACACCAAGAGCCACGACCUUGGUGCUACUAUGAAGUGGGUUCGCCAAGUCCGAACCCCCUUGGGCGAUAACAGCGAUGAGAGAGUCGAUGAGGUUGAAUAUGUUGGUGGGGGACUCGAAAAAACCAUGGUUUUCGAGCCGAAGGAUUUGGUCGAUAUUUUUGCUGAGAAAAUUGCCCUUGGGGAGGACGAAAUUCAGUCGCAAAGUGCCCACCAGAAUGGCGCACCUGCAGGGAAUUUCCGGACCGAUGCUGAGAUAUCCGGAAAUCUUGCCCUACGGGAGCGGGAGUUGCACAGAUGGCAACCAGACGAGAAAGCUACUGAGCUUUCCCUCGAGGAAACAAAUCAGGGCUCUGGUCAAAGCUGGAACCAAUUUGAAGUAAACGAACGUCUAUUUGGCGUUAAAUCUGAUUUCAACCCCGACAUAUAUACUACAAAGCUGGACCGAUCACACCCUCUAUACCAACAACGGGAGGCUAUGGCUGAAAAGAUUGCUCGGGAGAUUGAGUCGCAGGGCGUCGGUCCAAAUAUGAACCCACACCUCGCUGAAGAGAGAGGUGUUUCUUGGGGUGACGAUAGUGGGAAAGACGAAGAAGAUAGAUAUGGGGCUGUGCAGAGGACUCCUGCGCAAGCAAUUCUCCCUCAGAUACAACUGCCUAAUAACCGUUAUACACCACCAGCGCUUCGGGCGCCUACCGCACUUCCAACAGUUCCCGGUGCUCCGCAUGAUCCUGCUAUAAUCUCGUCUCAGCUGCUUCGGCCUGAGACCCUACAGCAGAAGCAACAUCAACAGCAGCAGCCACCACAGGCUCCUCGGCCUCCGCCCCCACAAAUAACGCUCAAUCAACAGCCGCCUAAUAAGGGUUCUGAAGAUGUUUCAGCAAAACCAAAGGAGAAGACAUUGCUCCCCGAGACAAUAGUACCUAAGAGGGGGCACCCUGUACCACCACCUGUGGAUCCUGCUAUUCAUAGCUCUGACGCCCCUCUUCCCCAAGAAGUGACCGAGAAUUUUAAGAGAUUCGUCAACUCGGAGAAGGAACGUUAUAAGAAAAAGAAGGCUGAUCUCGUUCAGAGGGAUAGAGCAUCGAAAUUGGAGGAACUUAAGAAGUUUUCUCAGAAUUUUGUCUUGAAAACAGAAGUUCCACAGGAUCUGGUGCCAAUAUUGGCAAAGGAUAAGUCAAAGCAGGCGGAGAUUGUCGAAAAAGCCAAGCAGAAUGUUGCCAAGACAACUAGCACACCCCCCACGGCUGCCGCGCAGCUCUCUCAAACAUCGAGGGUUCCUCCUCCGAACAGCUUCGCCGCAAAGAAUCCCGAGGAGUUUCAGUUAACACGUCAACAGCUGUUACAAGGAUUUCCUCCAACUCAAUCGCGUUUACCACGCGGACAGCAGGUUCAGCAGCCACCUCUUAGUACUCGAUUACGUCAAAUCGCUGUUGACCGACACGCCGGCCAUCAAGUGUCUGUAAGGUCUCCCGUACCAAUCCCUGAACACCCCCACAGUGUUCCCACAGGCCCUGCCGCUGCGAAUAUACCGACAGCUCCGAAGUCCACAUCACCCUCUUCCGCGGCCCAUCUUAGGAACUUGAGUGCAAAAGCCCCGGAGUUCAAACCCAAUCCUACCGCUACGUCUUUCACGCCAACUCUAGGCGGCCCGUCCACCAAUACCACCCCUAGUCCCACGACUUCUGCGCAUGCUCACUCCUCUAGAGCUGCAAGCCCUUCGGUAUUCUUUGGCGAUAAGAAAGUAAAAACUUCACAGGAGAAGCCAUUAAUUGCCGAUCAGUUCAAUCCGUUCAAACGUAUGAAGAUAGCUGCACCCGCUACACCAACGCCCACAGAUGGGCCUGGAAAGAAGAUCAGAGGCAAUUCCAACGACUAUAUUGAGCGUGCAUUUGUUACAACCCCCACGUGGCCGACUACUGAGCAAAAUAAGGACAAGAAGUGGGAACAAAUGUUUGCAAAACCGGAGUUCAGUAUAGCUAGUUCCAUCCAUUCGCCUCAACCCCCGCACGUUAUGCCUCAACCUCACCAUCAGCAAAUUCCCUCUCAUAUACCCCACAUCAACCCACCUCCUCAUAUCGCUCACCAACCACAUCCCCACAUGUCUCAACAUAUGGGUAUUGUUCCUCCACAUUAUGAACCAGAACAACAUCUACGGCAGAUCCCUCCUUCAGUAAUGCCAUCUCCAAGUUUACACAGCGCAACGGUGGCUCCGUACCAGCAGUCUCCUGUCACCCACCACUCCCAAAUCGGGCCCAUGUAUCCUUCGCAUCAGCAAGCGCAGUAUGCUGUUCCGAGCGGGCCAGGUGGGCCUGCAUAUGGUUACUAUAGUUCGGGCUUUAGGGGAGCUGCCGGAGCUGGGCCAAUGAUGGUACAAGGCCACCAACCUAUACCAUAUCCAGCAGGACAAUUCAUCCAUCAUCCACAUAUGUACUCUCCCCAGCAACCUCAUGCCUAUCUCCAGGGCGCACCUCCUCCGCCCCCUCCCAGUUCUCAAGGAUAUCCAAGUCCUGGCAGGGGCGCUCCGAUUAUGAUGCACCAAGGAUCUCAACAAGGGACGCCUGCUGGCCCGCAAAUGAUGCAAUAUACUCUCCAGCCAGGACAAACAGCCCCGAUGUAUGCAGGGCAAGGACAGCAACAAAUUGGUAUGAUACGUGGACAGCCACACCCCCACCAUCAAAGUGGGCCCCCGCCACCCUUUUACCACGGACCCCAUUUCCCGCCCGGGGGUAGGGGCAAUGGCUAUGGGCAUCCACAGCAGCACCAGGGUGGCCAGCAUGCUCCUCCCCCUCCCCCACCACCUCAGAGCCAAUCACAGCAAGCACCGCCAGAGGGCGAAGACACGAAAUGAACACUGUAUGAUUUGUGGGAAUAAGGUAUGAAAGGGUUCGGCGUUUGUCUUGUAUCUUUGGAGUUUGGAUUACAAGUGGGCUUUUUUUCUUUCCUUUACUCAAAAGGACCUCUGAUCGUAACUGGUUAAGAGCGGGGGUGAGACAUUUGGGGGAAAUCUGGGUACUACAGACCGGUUUACCAUUGUUUGCCAUUCUUGUUUUUAUCGAUAUUUUCGAUCUGAUUUGAUUUGAACAGAAUGACAAUUCCUUCAAAUUCACUGUAUGCCUCUCCGUGCUUGUAGGGGUUCCGGGUCCAGGCCUAAAUUUUGUAUCGCGCUCUAACCAUAUGUGUGCAUCUUUUGUCUUAUCUUUUCACUAUUUAUAUUGAUGGAUACUCAUAACAUCUCAUCUACCCUCUCCCGCUUUUUCUCGCGAACAAUUUUCAAACGGGGCAAACGCCGAUAGAAAUAGGGGGUCUUACGGUUGUGCUUUUUUUUUAUCAUCACAGACGCUACGCAUAAGGAGGUGUUGUGUGGGUGUCGGGGAGUUGUCUUCAUUCUUUUUCCUUUUUACUUUUCCUCCUUUUCCCCCACUCGAUUUUGGGUGGAAGGAAAGGAAGGCUUUCGAUGUGAAAAUGGGUUAACGGAGUUUUAAAUGGUCACCCCUUUUUUUUCUCCUUUUUCACUGCAGGUGGUGGCCUAAGGUGUUGCUGGGGAUGGGGGUGGAAGUGGAAUUCAGGUAGACGAGUGGGGGGUGGAUGAGGAUUAUUACUAUAGUAGAUCCUGUGAGAAAUGGAGUUUUUUUUUUUUUUGUUACAA